UCUUCUCUCCGGGAUCCCCUCCCCCAAGCCGCCGCCGCCGCCGCCGUGACUCCUCGUGCAGUCGUGCUGGCGGAUCACCUCCGCAGGGAACUAUGGGGAGGAGACGGCGUCCUGCCCUGACCGGUUCCGCGGGGAAACAGGAAUAGCAUUGGCAUCAACGGAAGGCAGGGAGAGAAGUUCUGACGAAGGCGCUUGCUUGCCCAAUGGCCCUGCAGAUUGAUCAGCACCACCAUGAGGAUCCCAGCCUUCUUACGUGUCACUCUCCUGUAAGAGCUUAAUAAGAAAAUAGAGGACGUAUAUGUACGUAUUUAUUACUAGACUGCCUAACCGGUCAACGACUGUACCUUUCAUGAAAGAAAGCCAGAGCUGAAACAGAAAGGUGACCUCAUAUGCAAGUUACUACUACUUCCUAAAUGCCAGUUUUCUCUAUAACGAAGCACGAUUUUCCACAGAGACCACGGCGAAGAGAUUUUUCGCUGGAGCCCAUGCGUAUGGAUGGACAAGGACUUGAUGCCAUGGCGCCGUCCUGCUACGGAAGAUGUGAUGGGGACUGCGUCCGCCAACCCAUUUUGUGUGCAGACAGAAGUUUCCAGGCAUGAUUCUUUUCGGCCGAUUCCCAGCUAACUACGGUGGCUCCCGUCCAGAUUCCAUCUCCAGGAUGGUUCGGCAAACUUAGCACAGAGGAUGAGGAAGAGAGCGUAGGCGCGAACAGAAACCGGGAGCGAAUUCACGGUCAAAGUAUUGCGGCCGUGUGACCGAAGCAGCGGGCACCGGUGGUUCGCUCUCUCUCUCUCCCGAUCUCUUCAUCUCUCCAAAAGUCCAAACCCCGCACGGAUGCAAACAAGAAACGGCGCGCACCAGCCUCCCUAGCCUCGUUGUCUCGUUGAUAUCAUCUUCCUCCUUGCGGCGAUGCGAUGAUGCACCCUGCCGUGCUGCUGCUCCCGCUCGCCACCUUGCUACAUGCCGCAACAGCCACCGGCGGUGGCAACGAGACCAGCGGCAACGCAAGCUGCGUGCCGGCAAGAUGCGGGAACCUGACCAUCAGGUACCCCUUCUCGCUCACCGGCGUCCAGCCGCUGUACUGCGGCUACCCGGUGUUGGACCUCACCUGCGACAAUGGAACCGCCUUCCUCAAGAAGACGUUCAGGGAUCACCUCUACCGCGUCGACAACAUAUUCUACAAGAAUAGCUCGCUGGUGGCGGCCAUAGAGACGACCUUCGCCGGCGACAGCGCCUGCUCCGUCCCGGAUUUCAACGUGACAUCCAGCCUCAGUCCCUACCCGUUCAUCAUCGGCAGCACCAGCAAGUACCUCAACUUCAUCUACAACUGCUCAGUUUUUGAAGGCGUUCGAAACCAACAGCCAUGUGGAAACCACACGAUGGGAGUUUAUAUCUCCGAUCAGUGGAACAGCACACCACCGUCAGGAGUUCCAGGGAACUGCAGCUCUGUGAGCGUGCCGGUGCGUGGGUACCAUCAUGCUGGAAUGGAGCCGGUGAAGCUGCAGUACGAGCAAUUGAUCCGCGACGGGUUCGUCUUGGAGUGGAUGAAUCCGUUAAUAGGAGAUCAAGAGUGCGAGUCGUGCAGACAGAUGGGCGGGGAGUGCAGGUUCCCACAGCUUACGUUCCAGUGCAUCUGCCCCAACGGCUUGCCCUGUUCCAAUUCAACAAGUCGUCCAGGCAAGCUUAAUAAUGGAAUCAAGAUUGCUGCAGGAACGGCAGCGGCUGUUGUAUGCAUCAUCCUACUGGGCAGUGGCUCCAUUCUGAUCAACACCCAUAUGAAGAGGAAACGAUCUGCGUCCUUGGAAGGUCUCAUCCGUGGUGGGAGUGGGGUGCCAUUGGCAUCACUCAGGAAAGAGUUGAGCCUCGCUGGAUUGCCGUCUACCCACAUCUUCACCUAUGAGGAGCUCGACGAGGCUACCGACGGCUUUAGCGACGACCGGGAGCUCGGCGUCGGUGGCUUCGGGACAGUGUACAAAGGGACGCUCCGGGAUGGGAGCACGGUGGCGGUGAAGCGGCUGUACAAGAACAGCUACAAGAGCGUGGAGCAAUUCCAGAACGAGGUGGGCAUCCUGUCGCGGCUGCGCCACCCCAACCUCGUCGCGCUCUACGGCUGCACGUCCCCGACCAACAGCCGCGACCUGCUACUCGUCUACGAGUUCGUCCCCAACGGCACGCUCGCCGACCACCUGCACGGCGCCGGCGUGGCGGCGCGGCAGGCCCUCGACUGGCCGACACGCCUCGGCAUCGCCGUCGAGACGGCCAGCGCGCUGGAGUACCUCCACACGGUGGAGCCGCAGGUGGUGCACCGCGACGUGAAGACGAACAACAUCCUCCUCGACGAACGGUUCCACGUGAAGGUGGCCGACUUCGGGCUGUCCCGGCUAUUCCCGGCGGACGCCACGCACGUCUCCACGGCGCCGCAGGGCACGCCGGGGUACCUCGACCCCAUGUACCACCAGUGCUACCAGCUGACGGACAAGAGCGACGUGUACAGCUUCGGCGUGGUGCUCGUCGAGCUCAUCUCCUCCAAGCCGGCGGUGGACAUGAACCGUCGCGGCGGCGACGUGAACCUGGCAAGCAUGGCCGUGCACAUGAUCCAGAGCUACGAGAUGGAGCAGCUAGUGGACCCGCAGCUCGGGUACGUGUCGGACGGCGAGACGAGGAGGACGGUCGAUCUCGUCGCCGAGGUGGCGUUCCGGUGCUUGCAGCCGGAGCAGGACGUGAGGCCGCCGAUCGGUGAGGUGUUGGGAGCGCUGAGAGAAGCUCAGCGGAUGGACAAGGCAGACUACGUCAAGGACGACGCCGGCUUGGCCAAGAAGAGCAGAGACGGCUCGCCGGACUGCGUCAUGUUUCAGUGGAUCAGCCCAUCCACCACUUCCAAUAACAGCAGCUAGUAGUUGAUACUGGCUACUGACUGCAGACCAUGUAAAUAUUCAGAGUUGUCAGCGACAGGUUUGUGUGUUUUUGCCACCUUCUGUAGCUGAGCUAAGUUGUUGGCCAGUGUCACAUCCAGAGCAGCAGCAGUUUGAUCGGUUA